AUGAUGCGGCAGGCACAGCAGCGGCUGCGCGUUCUGGCAGCCGAGGUGGCCUGGUGGAGCGCCGCAGCCCGGCCGCAGCCGCAGUCGCAGCAGCACCAGCUACAGCAACAUGUGCAGAAGCGGCUCUUCUUCCAAGCAGCAGCGCGGCAGCAGGCCUCUUUGAGGCCAUCCCCUGGUUACGACUGGGUCUGCAACACCAGAUCCCUCGCGCCCCCGGCGCUGUGGCCGCAGCAGCAGCUGCAACUCCAGCAGCAGCUGCGGGCGCGCCUCGAGGGCGCCGGAUGGUGGGGGCUGGAGUGGCGCGCCUGCAAGCACAGCUACGCGCAGGUCGCAGCGCGCAGCAAGAAGUCGUCCAAGGACACUGCAAUGUACUUGGGUGCUAUUGUUUUAGGCAUGAUUGGGGUGUCGUACGCCAUGGUGCCCCUCUACAGGAUGUUCUGCCAGGCCACAGGUUAUGGCGGCGCCGUGGGGCAGGCCACAGGUGUCGAGGAGAAGCUGCGGCGGCGCAAGGAGAGCCCGGACGCCGCCCUGGAGUCCAAGGCAGCCGCGAGGGAGCUGCGCGUGUGGUUCAGCAGCGACGUCGCCGACGACAUGCCGUGGCGGUUCACGCCCACGCAGGCAGGCGACUUUGUCAAGGUGCGGCCUGGGGAGAGCACCCUCGUCUUCUUCACGGCCAAGAACACCAGCUCCAAGCCAAUCACGGGCGUGUCGACAUACAACGUGGUCCCCGAGAAGGCCGCCUACUACUUCAACAAGAUCCAGUGCUUCUGCUUUGAGGAGCAGCGGCUGCGGCCGGGGGAGGUGGUUGACAUGCCGGUGUUCUUCUACAUCGACCCCGAGAUGGUGGACGACUUCAACUGCAGGAACAUCCACGACAUAACCCUCAGCUACACGUUCUACAAAGUCGAGGACGAGGACGCCUCAAAUCUGGACGACGCCGGCGGCGUGCGGCUGCACGCCAGCGGGCCCAUACCAGCAGGCGUCACCCUUGCGCCGGGCGUCACCCUGCCGCCGGGGAUCGGGCCGGCGGCCUCGGCCGAUGCGCAGGCGGGCAGCAGCGCGGCGCCGCUGCCUGUCGGUACGGCGGGCGCAGCGGCGGCGGGCGGCGGCUGA